CGGAGGUGCGACAGUCUCGCGAAAUAGAGUCUCGCGAAAUAGACAGACUACACACAAAGCUUAAUACCACAACUUUCGCGUUGCUCGACCGCGACUUUUAGUUGCACAGAUUUUGGGAUUAAGGGUCUUUGAUUAGCAAAAAUGAGUACCAGUCGUGAUGGUAGUUCACGACUUCGCCAGACCCUCAAUCCAUUGCUGACCUCGGCGCUGGGCUAUCACAACAACCAAUUGAACACACCCCAGUCUGCUGCGACAAUUAGCUCUUCGCAUACGUUCGGCGCUCCAGCGCCAGCUAGUGCGAUACAGCCAUAUAAUCCUCAAGAAUGGCUUCCUUCUCCUGCCGUCGGUCCGGAGCGGACACACCAAUAUCCUGCGCAGUCGGCUUUUCGUGACUCCUCAGCUGCUGCCCCAGCACCACCUCCUCCAUAUUCCCCUCCGCGUAGUCAACGACCUGCGCCUACCAAUUAUGAGACGCCCCCAGCAAACACGUCCGCUGUUCGUAUACCAUCGAGCAACCACCGACCGUCGCCCGAGCCGGCAACAGCCCAGAAUUUUCCACCACCGCCAGGGUCUGAAAGAAGAGCUUCUCGGGAUAGGCGAUUCGGGCUGCCCACACUGAGGCGGAGGGAUAGGGAUCAUACAGAACCGACUCCUAGUCCAGACAACCGUUCACUGGCCUCUGUAUCUCGGCCGCAACCGUUGAUGAUCAAUAUACCCCCCGCUCCGGCCCCAGUCGAUAGUCUUACCCCAGUUAUACCACCCAAUGCUCGUAGAGCUGCCUCUGCAAGCGCAGUAGAAACGCCUGUUUCUGCUCGAUCUAGGUCAGCUUCGCAAUCAAGAUGGGAUCCGGCUAUGCCACUUCCACCUCCGCCACCAGGGCCCCCUCCUUCACAAUCUCGCUCCCAGAGCCUAAACAGACCAAACGCACUGAAUCCUCCCAUCACGUCCCCACCUACGAGGCGACCACCGCCGGGUGGAGUUACCGCUCUGGGACCUGUACCUCCAACGCCGGCUAAUUGGGUCGAUGAAGAGCAUCAACAGCAGCGUACUACAACGCCGAACCAGCCCGAAUUGACUUUACAAACCUCUAACCUGGGUAACACCCAGACACAGGGUGUCCCCGAAUCGGCUACUGGUGCGAGUCCUAACAGUGGCUUAAACAGAACCGGUGCGGUUCGAGGUGAAAAGACCCUUCGAGAAAGGCGAAAUGAAAGCCGAACUAGGCAGCAGACGGCCGAAUCAAGCACGAAUCCACAACAACUAUCAGAUAUCGUGGUACCCCAAGGUUCAAACCUUUAUCGUCGCCUUUCAGUACAUCGUGGAACGCCGCGAAGUGGAGGAAAGACGGUACUUGAUCUAGUUCAGUCUUCAGACGACAAUGCCGAUUCGCGCAAUUCGACGCCUCGAGCCUCGGCAGGACUGCCUAUGGAGUCAGCCACACCCCCCUUCUCUCCACAUCCGCAAAAACCGUUUCCUAUCGAAACGGGGCAUGCUAUAGCUCCAAAAGCCCUACCCACACCGCCUCCUCAGAGCCGUUCAGUCUCAAGUUCAUCACACGUUCGGCCAGAAAUUUACAGUUCCAUCAAUAGUGUCGCCUCUACUCCGUAUACAUCGCAGCCGUUGACGAAGCAACUUGUCGUGAGUCAAACGGCUCAGCAGUUUUGUCAAGGGACAGUUGAGCGCUUCCAAGCUUUUGCUGAAAAAGAAGCCUCUGCAAAAACGGACGCCGACCGCGUGAAGCUGUUUGCUGAUUUCAUUGUCAAUGAAUCUAGGUUGAGACGUGAGAGGUACUCAUCAGCUAUUGGCGCGAUGGGGUCUGAGAUUUUUGAUCUUACUAGAGAUCUGUUCCGUCCCAUGAAGGACCGACGUGACUCGAAUAGCUCUCAGAUAAGCGAUUGGACCCCUCAGAUAUCUGAGACCAAGUCAAACCGAAACUCUAUGACAUUUAAUCCCCGUGACCAAAAACAACCGAGUUCUGCACCAGGGUCCGCUAGUCUUCCUAUGUCGCCGAGCGGGCCUCCUCCAAUCAACACAAAUUGGACCUCAAAUCAAUAUAUGCCAUCGCUUUCGCCAAUUCUCAGCAUGAGUGUGAGCGCUCGUGAUGAAGCGGAUUCUCGGGGUAGACCUGCGAGUCGUUGGUGGGAGUCAGAUUCCACAGGUGAAGGCAACAGGAUGGAAAGAUCAAAACGUGAAUCAAAAUAUAUGGGCGUUCCUAAAGAGGCACGAGAGGCAUUGCAGUGGCAAGAUACAUCUGGGAGUGUCUCUGGACCAUCAGCCUCUAGCGAGGGAUAUCUUGCCGACGAAUACCCUCCCGAGAAAGUUGGUUGGCAUGAAUCGGAGCAUUCGAAAGCACCGCAUCCUUUUCGCCAGUCUCUGUUAUCACUUGCAUCAUCAGCGCCCAAUACGCCAUCUCCGUCUCAUCUCGACGUAUCCCGACUAGUCACAUUGCCUCCACCUUAUCCUCGUCACCACCCAGCGGUGAACAACAAUCACCCAGAACUAACCGCGAUCCGAACUAUGGUACGAACAGUUAGUGACCUAAGUGAAGUUGAGGCAACUAAACAAAGCUUUGCGCUCGACAGCCAGAAGGUACGCGACCAAGCCACAGAAGCUGCCGCGGCAAGACGACAGGCGCUACGUGUGAAUUUGCAGCAAGAGGUUAGUUCCGGGAACAUGUCGUAUGCUGAAGCUGCAGCGAUUGAGGCCGACUCGGAGGAAUCAGAGAAGGCGCAGUCAAAAGACCUGGAGAGGAAAGAGUUCGAGAAGUUCCAAAAUGCAGUUGUUAUGCCACUAAAUGAUCUUCUUACUGGGCGUAUCGCGAAAGCUACCACACUCUUCGAUGAGCUUCGUUCACGGCUCUUCGUUGAGACGCAAGCUCCAGACCCUAAUAUGCCUCAGGAAGAAGGCGACGAACAACCCGAGCUUCUUGAAAAACUUACCCUUCUCAAGUGGAUCUUUGAGGCGCGUGAGACUCUACACCGCGAGAUAUAUGAACUACUUAGCGACCGUAACAAUCGUUACCGAGAGAUGGUGAUUAUGCCGUAUCGGCUGUCGGGCAAUGACGAGAAGCUACGCAAUGCUGAAGCUUUCUUCGCCGAGGAUGCGGCUAAGCGACAGGCCGCAUAUACAAACGAGGUUCUGCAGCGGACCCAGGAGUUUCGGGAUGUUGUGGAGGAGAAUGUGACCCGCGGUGUUGAUAUGCAAUUGAAUGCAUUUUGGGAUAUUGCGCCUCCACUAAAGCGCCUGCUUGACAAGAUCCCGGCCAUUAUUGACCCCCAUUUCCGCAUCCAGAUUCCACCCGCCGAAUAUGAGGAGAGCCCUUCGUAUCAUCGGCAUCCUCUACAGUAUCUGUAUAGCUUGCUGCUGCACGCGGAAAAGAGCACAUAUCAAUUUAUUGAGUCCCAGACGAACCUGCUUUGUCUCUUGCACGAGGUCAAGGAGGCGGUUGUUACUGCACAUGGAAAAGUCAAUGAGGCUGAGAAUCAUGAUGCUCGUGCAAUUGAUGAAGAGCGAAGAGGUGAGCGCGAGCGGCUGACAGAGGAUUUGAAAGAGAAAGUUCGCGUCGUUCAAGAUCAAUGGGAGGGCGCGCUUGGCGACAGCAUGCGAGGUGUCAAAGAGAGAGUUGGGGAAUGGCUUCUCUCGACUGGCGGCUGGGACGAGAGUCUAGAGGAUGGCGGCGUGGGCGGUGCUUAGACUUUGCAUAUUUACGUGAAAGACAAAGAGCGAUGCAAUGCUUUCUCAGCAUUUAGCAAGCGACAUUUUGUGUGAUACCCCCCAAAUUUUUCGCAUUUACAAUAUUUGUAUCACUUUGCACAUUGGAAGAAUUUCUUGUAUAUUUUGACACGGGUGGAUAACCUGCUUUGGAAAGCUGAUAAUAUUUCUGCUAGAGCUACAGCAUUGAGCUGGCAGUAGGGAUGCUCACACGAGAU